AUGACUUGUAGUUGUAUGGUAUUUGAUGUAUCUGGUCUUCCUUGUACUCAUGCCAUAGCUGUUGCCCGUACAAAAAAAUUGGAUCCCUAUGACUUCUGCUCAAGGUAUUACUCAACUGAAAUGUGGUUGAAUGCAUAUGCGGAGACAUGUUAUCCUGUUGGCGAUGAAGAAGAAUGGAAUAUUUCGGAAAUUAUCAAACAACGCGUCUAUCUAAAACCACCUGUUAAGGUGAAGAAAGGGCGAUCGAAAACAAAUCGUAGGUCAUCCCAAGGUGAGACUCGUAAGGUCCAAAAACGAUGCAACUCAUGUGGUGGUCAAGGUCAUAACAGGGCAACAUGCAAAUCAGUGAUGCCUGUACCAUUUACUGCAAGAGUAUCAUCUCAACAACAACAUCAACCAUCAUCUCAGCAACAACAUCAACCAUCAUUUCAGCAGCAUGUUGAAUGGUUCUAUUUUCAUGUGUGGCAUUUGAUGAUAAUGUUGUAUGAAUAA